UUUUUAAGCUGUGUGUAAGUCCCAAAAAUAACUCGAAAACAUUUGAAUAUCAAAUUUUCAAAAUUUGGUCAAAUUUCAUGGUCAAACAAAUAAUUGAAAAUAAAUUUUCAAAAUCUGGCCAAAUGUUAGCUAAGUUUUGUGGAUUGUUCCAAAAUUUUUCUUAGAGCUAGCUUCUGCAAUAUAAACUCUUACGUUGGUCUAUUUUGUGCAAGCAAAGAAUUGGUCAUAAAAAGAAGAUAAUUUCCUUGCAUUUUAAAACUUUCCUUGAUUUUCAUCUAAUUACUUUUCUCUUUGCUUAAUAAAACAAGAAAGGAAGUGCAAAUUUUUCCUUUCCUUUCCACUUCCCAUAGUUACCGCUUACCAAACAAGUUAAGAAGCUAAAGUAAAAUGCUUUCUCACCAAAAGAGGAAAGAAAAAUUAACUUAAAUUAUGACCUACCCAACCACUUUAAUUAAAAAUAGCCGGUGGAUGUAUAAUAUAAAUAUUUAUAUUUCAUGUAUGCCAGUUAAAAAAGUAAACAAUGAAUCCGAUCAGCUAUUUGUGUAAAGAUCCUUUCACGAAAAACUAACAAUAAUGAUUUAUACUAAAUUUAUAUGAUACUACCUCCGUUAUAUAUUAAUUGUCUACUUUUUCCUUUAUAUAUCCCUUAAAAGAUUAUAAUUUGAGACGACUAAUAUAGAACGGAGCGAUUAAUCUAAACAUUCUUUUUAUAGAAAAAAGAAAGAAUUCAUUAGUGGGAAAACCAAAAGUGCAAGACGGCAAAUCCAUAUUUAAGGUACCUUGCCACAUUUAGAAAAUCCAAUAUUUCCUUCCAAUAUUUUUCCUUCCAAAUUAGGUAGUAUUAUUAAUUAAUUACCAUUUACCCAAAAAUUCAAACUAACCAUAUUAUAUUAUUACUAUAUAAGAGUUGAUGAAUCAGCUCACAUUGGCAAUUUAACAUUCAUUGUAUAUUUGUAUAAAAGAGAAAUUAAACUAAGACACUUUUUAUCCCUUUUCUUUCUCCCUUUUUUUAAAAAAUAAAAUUUCUUAGGGUUUUCAAACUUUAUAAGAAAAAAAAAAUGGGAAGAGGGAAAAUAGAGAUGAAGAAAAUUGAAAACAUAAGCAGCAGACAAGUAACAUUUUCAAAAAGAAGGGCAGGACUUUUCAAGAAAGCAGAAGAAUUGUCUAUUCUUUGUGAUGCUGAAAUUGGUGUUAUUGUUUUCUCCAAUACUGAUAGGCUUUAUAAAUUUGCUAGCUCCAAAUCCAGCAUGGAAAAAAUUGUGGAUAGAUAUAACAAUUCUUCACAUUCUUCUGAGUAUCCUAUCGUCGAAAAUGUGGCAGAGCCUGAAUUGAAUUCCUUGAAAGCUGAAGUUGCAAAAUUACGAAAGGCUACCGGGAGGAUGAUGGGGAAAGAACUUGAUGGACUGGACUUCAAAGAGUUGCAGCAAUUAGAGCAUCAAUUAACUGAAGGCAUUUUAUCUGUUAAGAAUAAGAAGGAACAAGUACUACUGGAGCUACUUGAAAAAUCAAAUAUGCAGAUUGAGGAACUUGGACACAAAUCCUGUAAGCACUAUCCUGAAAAUUAUCAAGCAGCAAGGAAAAUUUCUGGUGGAAAUUCAACAGUAAUUUGUGAUUAUAAAUCAGUCAGAGAAGAAAAUUCAGACACUUCUUUAAGCUUAGGACUAUCAGUUGCUACAAGUCAGAAGAAGAAAAAUCCAAAGAUUGAAUGCACUUCAAAUGAUUCUGAGAAUUUAAUGAUUUUAGAUUAAUAAUUUCCGGAUUACAAACUCACAUUUUUCAUAAUAUUAGUAGUUGUGUUGAAGUCUUUAGGCAAUUUGCCCUCCCUAUAAUUCCAUGUUACUAGAAAGUUGUAAGACCAUCACAUUAUUGUUGUGUAUUUGUUUUGUUUUCUAUUCAAAGUCUAGUAUCCACUUUGAGAUUGUGAUUAAUUACGGGUUUGUGUCAUGUAAGAUUCA